AUGGGUAAUUCUUGUUAAAAUUAAAAUGUAAAUGCAACAAAAGUGUUUACUUAAGAGUAAGAUAGUAUUCUAAUAGAAGAAAAUUUAAAAGCAAUUCAAAAUAUGAGUCCAGUUAUUUAAUAACAUGAAUAUUUGCUUGAAAAUUUGAAUGAAGGGAUAAGAGCAAGUACUAUAACAGAGAUUAUAAUAAAACCAAGAAAUUAAGAUUAAGUUUUAGAGAUUUUAAGAGGGAUAAAGAAUUAAGAGACUGAGAUUAGAUAUAAUUAUCAAUAUGAAUAAGGAUUAGGUACUCCUUCUUCGAAAAAUGAUACAAAGAGAAGCACAGGAGUAAAAUGUCAGAGUGAGAAACAUGUUCAUUUUUAGAUUCCUUAAAUGUAAAUAGUAAAACAUGAAUAUUAAUAUCGAAAGAAAUAUGUAAAGAAAUGA